AUGUCGUCGACCGGUGUUGCGAUCACCAAUCCUUUGGUGCUCUAUCGCAGUCUCGUCGCUACCCAGAAGAUCCGACCUGAUCCCGCUCAGCAUCGUCUCGCGUUGCACCUGCAGAAACUCUACGACCGACUGAUAGAUUACGAACCAACAGUAGAAUACUCGAACCGACUGCAGCAACUUACCCGGGCUGUCGCUUCGGAUCAAAAUGCUGCGACAGGGGCCCCGGAAGACGGGCGUACAAAUCGCUUUGGCCGGAGGGGCGUAUGGACGUCGCUACUUGCCGAAAAAGAGAAAAGAGAAUCGGUAGCUCUAACCCGUGUUCUGACGAGCCAUGAUGAAGCCAUGCAGUUGCAGAGCCCCAAAGGCCUCAUGCUCCACGGCGAGGUCGGCACCGGAAAAUCCAUGCUCAUCGACUUGUUCCAAGAGUGUUUGCCCAACCGGAAGAAGCGGCGCUGGCACUUCAAUACCUUUAUGCUCGACACCAUUUCUCGGCUUGAGCAGCUUCGGAGGUCCAGGUCGCUAGUUGCAAGUCCAGGAGCACCCAACGAAGAAUACUCACUACUGCUUGUAGCACGUGAUCUCAUUGAGCAUUCGCCGAUCCUCUUCCUAGAUGAGUUCCAGCUGCCUGACCGCGCAGCGAGCAAGAUUCUCUCGAACCUCAUGACGUCUUUCUUCCAGCUCGGUGGUGUCCUCAUUGCAACAAGUAACCGUAUGCCAGAAGAGCUUGCCAAGGCAGCCGGUAUGGAGUUUUCACGACCGGUCCACCGUUUCAGUCGUCUGGGUUGGAGCAUGAGUAAAAGCUCCUAUACGAGGAGGGAUGAUGGGGCGGGGCAACUGGGCGAAUUUUCAGCGUUCCUCGAGGUCUUGAGGGCAAGGUGUGAGGUUUGGGAAAUGGAAGGGAAGAAGGAUUAUCGAAAGCUGGAGCAGGAGGAAGGGCAAGAAACAGAAACAGCCGGGAGACGAGACAGCGUGCAGGUUCCGGCGUCUGGGAGCCUCGAUGCAAUGAAUUCAGCUUCGACUGCUGCCAGCGCAACAAGUACGACAGACACUGUUGCAUCCACCGAGACACCAGGCACACCAGCAUCUUUACUAAAGCACUAUCUCAUCCAGCCCACGACCGCGGAAACCAUGACAGAAUUCGGCGAAGCGUUCAAUUCUCUCGUCGAGCAUGCAACAGGCCGGGAAUACCCCAUUCCCUGGGAACCCGCGACGCUCUCCGUGUACAACCGGCCUCUGCACGUGCCGGCGCAAUACAACGGCGUCGCCUUCUUUACCUUUGGGGAGCUAUGCGGUGCGGUGCUCGGACCAGCAGACUACAUUACACUCGCAUCCACAUAUCACACGUUCAUCGUCACUGACGUGCCCAUCAUGGGUCUGCUGAUGAAAAGCGAAGCCAGACGCCUCAUCACGCUCCUCGAUGCCAUGUACGAAGCCAGAUGCAGACUGAUGAUGACAGCAGCCGCCAGUCCAGACGCCAUAUUUUUCCCAUCGCAGCCACCGUCGUUGCGUUCAAACACUGCCGAGGAAACACUAGAUUCUGACGCCGUGUACCCAGAAACCUAUUCUGAAAUCUAUCAAGACCUCAACUCGCCUUUCCGCCCCAACAUCUCGUCGUACGCAGGAUCCACCAACGCACUGGCUGAAGACGCGCUCGAAGACGAUCCUCCCAAUCGGCUGCGUCGCCCGGGCUCUUCAUACACGGAUGAGCGCCGCCUGGGACCCGGGUCGCCGGACUUUGCCAACAUUGGGGGGCUCACGGGCGAAGACGAGAAGUUUGCUGUUAAGCGGGCUGAAAGCCGCAUCUGGGAAAUGUGCUCGCGGAAGUGGUGGGAGCGCGCUGGUUCGAGCGAUGCGGCGGCUAUGGCUGGGCCGGAAACAUGGUGGCGCCCUCUUCCGCUUUCAAACCGCCAUUGGGAACGCGCGUCCAAGGAUAGCUCUUCUAGUUCUAGUUUGUCGACGCUGCCGCCGUUGCCACCGAAUAUCAAGAUUCUGUCUGAGACGGAGCGGGAGAAGGACCGGCAAAGGGAACUAGAGGACAUGUUCAAGCAUGGGGCGAGCCCGUUCCGGACGCAUCCUGAUGCGCCGCCAAAGUUUAGCUGGACACAUGCUUGGGGGAUGAUGACGUGGGGGAAGAAGGCGGGGGCCUGGGGCAAGGGCGUGGAAGGGUUGGACGAGAGACCCAAGGAGAAAGGGGAUGAAGACGAAGGUGUAGACAAGGAGGGGAAGAAGAGCAAGGACUGA